AUGUCUUCUUUAGAGGAAUUGAAAAACGAAGUCGAUGAAUUGAAAGAGCUCGUUGCAAGGCAAAGCAAGGUGAUCAGCCGUACUGGAGAGCAGCUUUUAAGAUUUCAGGUAAGGCAGACCGACAGAGAGCUCAGCUCUAUUGAUGUUCCAAAAGUUGGGCCUGAUGGAACAGUUACAAAACAAGGGCAAAUUGACGCGUCCGAUUUUGCCACUAACGAUGACAUCGUCCAGCUUGUGGGCGAGCUGCAAGGUCAAUUGAAUAUCUUGGAACAAAGAUCGCUAAGAAGAACCAUUAAUUCGGGACUUUCGAAUGAUACUGAUCUCAUUGCUCCUGUUUUGAAUUCCGAUGGUGACGAGCCUCCUGAAACAAUUUACCCGAAGACACUGAAAGAGUUCCGCGACUUGUCUGAUGAUUCGGUGCUUUCCCUUUGUCAUUUCUAUGAGCUGUUACCACCAACCUUGGAAGAGGAGGCCAAAUUGCGUGCUUUCAUGGAAGGUAAAAUUAAGUCUCCAAACGUGGAUCCAUCAGAAUUCAAGCCAUCCUCUGCUGACUACUCUAGGGAAGUGCUUGAUGGUCUGUACGACGACCUUGCAAGAUUUCUAGGUCUAAAAUUUAGGAAGACCGAACACGCAUGGUAG